ACAUCGUCACUGGAUGAUGAUGAUGGGCCACGGCAUUUUGUUGUGCCUCGCGUUGGUUUUUCUUGCCUAGGCGAUGAACCGUGUCAACCGAUUCCCAGAGUUUAUCUACCGCCACUGGAAAAACCCUGACAUGGCCUCAGCCAGCAGCCUCCUGUGUGAAGAACAACUCCUGUGUUCAAUCUGUCUGGAUGCAUUCACGGAGCCUGUCUCUACUCCAUGUGGACACAACUACUGCAAGGCUUGUAUCACAGGGUACUGGGCCAGCAGCGGCCAGAUACAGUGUCCCCUCUGUAAGAAGAAGUUCCGCAAAAAGCAACAGCUUCAGGUCAACACAGAGUUCAGAGAUAUGGUUGAGCAUUUCAACAACGUGAGGUUGAGGGGGGACAAAGACAUCCUUGCCAAACCAGGGGAGGUGCCCUGUGACAUCUGCCUUGAGCCGAAGCUCAAGGCCCAGAAGACGUGCCUGGUGUGUUUGGCGUCGUACUGCCAGCCUCACCUGGAGCCUCAUCAGAGAGUCAAAAGCCUUAAGAAGCACCAGCUGAUCGACCCUGUGUCAAACCUGGAGGACAGGGUGUGUGAGCGGCACGACAAGAUGUUCGAGCUCUUCUGUCGCAAAGACCAGAUGUGUGUUUGUUUCAUGUGCUUAAAAGACAACCAUGCAAGGCAUGAAGCCAUCCCACUAGAGCGUGCGUUCAAAGAGAGGAAAGUUGAGCUGGGCUAUGUGAUGUCAGAGAUAAAAAUGAUGGAAAACACUAAAUCCAUGCAUCGAAAUAAAAUUGACAUUGACAUUGACAAGAAAGAGUUAGAGAAAGAGAUAGCAGACAUAUCUGAGGUUUUCACUGCUCUGGUGGUCUCUCUGCAAAGAAGCCAGGCUGAUCUGAUCAGAGUGAUCCAGGAGAAGCAGAAAGCAGCACAGAAGGAGGCUGAAGACUGCAUGACACAGCUGGAGCAAGAAGUCGCUGAGUCGAGGAGGAGAAGAUCUGAAAUAGAGAAACUUUUACAAACAGAGGACCACCUGCACCUCCUGCAGAGCCGUCCAUCUCUCCUCUUCCAUGACCACACUGAGGACCUACUCAGCCCCCUGUCUUACUCCACCUCUCCAUUGACAUCCGACCUCAAUGACAUCAGUCGGCAGAGUUUUGUGGGGAUGGUGAUAAAAGCAGUGGCUCAUAUGGAAAAGAAAAUCAGUAAUGAGAUGGAGAUGGUUAUCCAUGAGGUCAGGCUAUCUGAUGGUUGUGAUGCAGCUGAGAACGUGAUGACGGAUGAGUUUGUUAAAGAAGCGUGGACUCCGCCGCAGGACAAAUUGAUGAUGGUCCAGCAGUGUAAUGCGGUGGAUGUGACUCUAGACCCCUACACAGCCAAUUCCAAACUUGAAGUGUCUCAAGAUGGGAAACAACUGAGAUUCGCUGGAGGUCUACCGUCUUGUACUGCUUUAUUUGGUAGAAGUUUUGUACGACAACCUUUUGUUCUUGGGAAAGAGGGUUUUUCCUCCGGCAGGUUCUACUAUGAAGUCCGGGUCAUUGCAAGUAAAGGCUGGCUCUUGGGAGUGGUCAAAGAGUCCAUUAACAGGGAGAUAUUAUUCUUUCCCACCCCUAAGGAGGGCGGCUGGACAAUCAUUCACAUCUAUAAUCCAAUAUCCCAGGUCCACGAGGAAAACUUUGCUAAUAAUUUUAGUAAUGCUCCCCUGUACCUGAGGCAAAGGUCCCAGACAGUUGGUGUGUUUGUCGAUUACGAGAAGGGAGAGGUCUCCUUCUAUGACGUGGAAAACAGGACUCUGAUCUACUCCUACACGGGAUGUGCCUUCAUGGAGACCCCACCUGCACAACAAGAUGUUCUCUAUUCUAUGGCUGCCACAUCUUUAAGUAGCAAACCAAAGCUCUACCCUAUUUUUGGCAUCUUUGAAAAUGAUUAUGACAACAUGCUCGUUAUCACUCCUGUAGUUUGAGCAAGUGGAAGUCUUGCAUACAGCAGGGGAAGGGAAUGAGUAAUUUGUACCGAAAGGUUUUCUCAUUUCAGAUCAUUUCAUCUUUCUCAGGUUUUUUUUUGUAUUAAGUAAUCGUGCACACAC